GCACUGCGCCUUCCGUCUGACAUUCCAACCACCAGGCACCCGCACCACCACAAACAGGCACCCGGGAACCUCACGACGCCAGCCAGGCUCCCACAAUCUACAAAGUUACCGUCAUCGAAGCAUCGAUCCUGUUUCCGUCUGCAUUCUCUCUCAAUUCAAACCAACUCCAAAGUCCGUAACAGAAAUUCAACCUGCAAAAUGCCUCUCGCAGCUCCAACACAGCCUCUCAACUACUCAACAUCCCCCUCCCUCCUCCCCUACACCCUCCGUUUCCACCCUUACAAACCCCCAUCACCAUCGCCGUCGUCGUCAUCCGCGCAAGAAGUCCCUCACACCCACCGCCUCUGCGUAGGCGCAGCAGUCCUCUCCCCCUCCUCCCCUCCCUCCGCCCGCAAAAUUCUCGUCCUCCAACGUUCCGCAAAAGAAUCCGCCCUGCCCCAUAAAUGGGAACUCCCCGGCGGCGCAGCAGAAUCCAUCGACACCAACUCCCUCGCCUCCACCGCCCGCGAACUCUGGGAAGAAACUGGCCUCCGCGCAGCAAACUUUGUUGCCUUGGUGGGGUGUUAUCAAUGGGAAGGUGCUGGGGCGGGCGAGUUAGCAGAGGCUGUGGCUGGGGAUCAGGCGUGGGGGUUAAGUAGAGGCGGGGUGGGGAUUAUUGAGGUUGGACGGGUGUCUGGUGAUGGUGGGGGUGUAGAGGAGGAGGGGACUGCGGGUGUUGGGGUGGUGAAGGAUUCGCACAAGUUCUUCAAGGGACGGGAUGCGUGGAGGAAGUAUACGUAUCUCGUGGAAGUUGAGACCACCGCGAAGGUCGAGAUUGAUCCCGAGGAGCACGAGGACUUUGUCUGGGCUACGGAGGAGGAAGUGCGUGCGGAUCGGUGCGGGGAGAGAGUGUUUGAGUGGACUUCGGAGCAUCAGAAGAUGGAUAUCUUGAGGGCUUUUGAGAUUGCCAGGGGGAAGAAGUAGAUUUACGACGAGGCUGGCGAAUGGGUCGAUAGACAAGAAAGACUUGAACAGACGGGGGAGUUGGAUGCAAUUGGUGUUCUCAAGUUCCUAUCGGAGACCUAAGAAACUCUAUAUAGAUAUAAUGCAUACCUAGACCCCUUCCUCGCCAUGAAUUCAUUCUCAUCAACCUACUUCUUCUUAGAUCC